UGAUUUGAUCGAUACCAUUCCGCUUUCACCUGCCGUUGUUGAUCAGCCAUGGCAUCACUAAAGUAAAGGCCCCCAGGAACCGAUGAUUUGGUGAAAGGAAUAAACAAAACCAGCACGCAAACCUGUGGUAGCAAGUGGGGGGAGUUCUUUGACAUAUAUACCCCUCCUUCCUCUUGGUUCCUUUCCCCCAACUCCAUUAUUGAUUCUUGCAAGGAGGAAGAGCAGCUAGAGGCGAGGCAAGAAAAGAAGUGAAAUCUCUCCGUUAGACAGGAAGAGGAAAAGCAAGGGGGAAUUGGGGAUGGCGUCAAAGAGGAUACAGAAGGAGCUCAAGGAUCUGCAGAAGGAUCCCCCUACAUCAUGCAGUGCAGGUCCUGUUGGUGAAGACAUGUUCCACUGGCAGGCAACGAUAAUGGGUCCAUCUGAUAGCCCAUAUGCUGGUGGAGUUUUCCUAGUUACCAUCCACUUCCCUCCUGAUUAUCCCUUCAAACCACCCAAGGUGGCGUUUCGCACCAAGGUUUUCCAUCCAAACAUCAACAGCAACGGGAGCAUUUGCCUUGACAUCCUUAAGGACCAAUGGAGCCCAGCACUAACCAUUUCCAAGGUGUUGCUGUCAAUCUGUUCCCUGCUGACUGAUCCGAACCCUGAUGAUCCUCUGGUCCCUGAGAUCGCCCACAUGUACAAGACAGAUAGGCACAAGUACGAGAACACAGCAAGGACCUGGACUCAGAGGUACGCCAUGUAGCACCUCAGAUAUCGAUGGACAUGUCGAUGUUGUAACAACAUUAUCAACGGGUGUGUCUCCCUCUCGCCUUGUGUGGUGUAAGGAUCAAAACCGGCUUUGCAGUGCACUCUUGGUGUUGCUCCAUUGUGUCACUCACUCAUUGCAGUGAUUUCGAAUAGUAUCAAACUGGUGGUUUUUUUCGGUCA